CACCCGGAGCUCGGCUGCUGUCCCGGAAGGCCUGAGUGCCGGGGGCUCCUCCGUUCCCACGGUAGCUGCUCCACACGUGUCCGCGGAAGUGAACAUGCCCAGGAAGUCAUGACUAGGUGGGCACGAGCAAAUGUCACCCACAACAAGAAGGCUCUGGAUGCAACACCAUGGGAACAUAUGAAGAAUGAUGCCACCGGAAGCGCAACAACAGAUAGAAAGCAAAGCUCUUCAAACAACUUUUCCUUGAGAAGUACUCAAGGGAAGAAGAAAAAUAAGAAGAAAAAAGACUAUAUGAAUGAAGAUGUCAACGGUUUUAUGGAAUAUUUAAAACAGAACUCUCAGACAUUGCAUAAAGGAGAGGUGAUCAACAGCCGUGAAGCAAAGGAUGAAAUAGCAACAGCUUUGAAAAAGGACCGGCGGCGAGAGGGGAGAAGAGUGAAAAGGCAGGAAAUGAAAAAGAACACAAUGGUGUGCUUCCACUGCAGAAAGCCAGGACACGGUGUGGCAGAUUGCCCAGCUGUACUCGAAAGCCAAGAUAUGGGAACUGGAAUUUGUUACCGCUGUGGAUCUACAGAGCAUGAAAUCAACAAAUGCAGAGCAAAAAUAGAUCCCGCUCUUGGGGAAUUUCCAUAUGCAAAAUGCUUCAUUUGUGGUGAGAUGGGACAUCUCUCAAGGUCAUGUCCCGAUAAUCCUAAAGGACUCUAUGCUGAAGGAGGUGCUUGCAGGAUCUGUGGAUCUGUUGAGCACUUUAAAAAAGAUUGUCCAGAGAAUCAAAAUGCAGAUCGGGUGGCAACUGUUGGUCGAUGGCUCAAAGGAAUGAGUGCAGAUUACCAAGAGGUUUUAGACAGCCCUAAACCGCAAAAACCAAAACCAAAAAUAGCUAAAGUUGUUAACUUCUGACAACUGCUGUCUGGCAUCAUUCUUUACAACACUUGUCAGUGUUUGGCUUAAAGUUAUAGUACUAAAAAUGGACUGUGAACUGUAGUUCCAGAAUAAGCCAUAACUGCACUCUCCUAAGUGAUGAUCACUUAUAAAACCCUAACUUAAAUGGAAGCUUCCUAGAGAAGAGAGGAAAUGCUUUGUCAGAAGAUAAAUUGCAGCAAGUGACUGCAUAACAGUAUAUCUCUGAACAGAAAGUUAAUCUAUGCAAUUGCUGGUUUUCCAACCAGCGUGUCACUGGGUAAUAUAACAUGUUACUCAGUGGAGAGUAGUGAUACCAAUAAACAAAUGGGAAGGAAAGCUAAUAGGUCAAUCUGCUUUUCGUAAAUGAAACUUGUGCGACGACAGAAGGUAUCUCAAAAUGAAACUGAGUCUUAUUUUAGUGUUGAGGUUCUUGACCUCACCCUGAACACGGGAAUGAGAGCACAGAUGAAUAGCCAAAAGCAAAGUUAAAACAUUGGUGGUAGCAGGGUUGAUCUUGCAGAUUGAACAACAAUGAAAUGAUUGUAUGUUUUUUUUAAGUUGAAUUAAAUACUUGAUGAAGCCAUUUCCCUCCCCCACAAAUAAACCAGUGUAAUAAAACCACA